AAUCACAGCCCGUGUUUCUUAUGACACCGUGGGAUUCCGCGAAAUUGUUUCUUGGAGUUGAGAGAUGUGCUGCUCUCGGUAAAAUAGGACAAGUUGACGCAUGUGUGGGAGCGCACGGAAAAGAAAGGCGGAAUAAACGCAGACACAAUAGCUCCGGCGGGUUGUGUUUUUUAUUGACCCGGCAGUGAGAAGAAGAAGAAAAAGAAGAAGAAACUGAAUCUUGCGGGAGAAGGAGAGAGAGGAAAAGCCGGGAACGACUCAAAGGGCGAGAUUUCCUGUGGGGGUGCUUAUCCACCCUGCAACCUCAACAAGAAAAGCGCAGCCCUUUGCGGAAUAGUCACAUUGAAGACGACACGUGUGGAUGGUUAACCACAUGUUCCCUGCGCUCUGAGCACUUUAUUGUGUCGGAUUGCCCGUGAACAAACAGACACGAUCCACGCACAACAGUUUGAUUCCCGCAUCCGGAUCUCGCCGUAGUGAUGUCGGAGGUGGAUGUCUCCGCAGACCGUGUCCCCAGCCGACCACCGGGUCGGACAGAGGACAUAUUGAAAGAAAACCAGGAGAACAGGACUUUGCUGAUGGUGGCAAUGAUUUUAUUGGACUUGAACAAAUGCAGCCCGAACGCGAUCAGCGCCGGGGGCGGCAGAUGUCUCGAAGCCGGCGCGCAGGAGAAGGUGGAGCGGGGGAGUUGCCGGUUGAACGCCGGGGACAGCCGGGGCUCGGUGGCACCCAAACAGUCCCGGAACAAGAGGGCGGCGGCGGCGGCGGCUGCUGCUGCUGAGAGGCAGGAGUCUCCCGAGAAGAGACACUGCUGUCCUUUCACGGGCUGUGGGAAGAUGUACGGCAAGUCGUCCCACCUUAAAGCCCACCUAAGGGUCCACACCGGUGAGCGCCCCUUCGAGUGUACCUGGCCAGACUGUGGCAAGAAGUUCUCCCGGUCAGACGAGCUGACACGUCACUACCGCACACACACGGGCGAGAAGCGCUUCAACUGUCCCAUGUGUGACAAGUGCUUCAUGAGGAGCGACCACCUGACUAAACAUGCCCGGCGACACGCAGGCUUCCAUCCCAGCAUGCUGCAGGGCUCGAGCGGAGCCAAGAGACGUCGCUACUCCGUGUCCGUGUCCUCCUCUGACUCUGGAGACCAAAGCCCCGCUGGGGUGUGAGACACACCCACAUACUGUACAUAUAUAUAUACACACAUACAGGUACAUGCAGUAGACACAGAGGCAUACACAAACGUAGACACACCUGCAUGUGUGGUGUGUACUUUCACACAAAUCCCGUCAAGCGAAGUCAGACAACUCAACCAGCCAGACCACUAUUUAAAAAGUUUUUCUACGCAUGUAACAUUGUGCAACAGCAAACAGAAAGAGAAACCUGACUGUAAUCAAAGUCGAGCUUCCCCCCUCUUUGUUCCCUGACGUGAUAUUUAUUAAGGGUUAUUCAGGGUCCGCUUCUAGUUGCUUUGCCAUUUCUAAUGAUGUGAAUGUGUUGUGUGAGGGUUUUUGUUUUGCCUGAAACGAUCUGUUAAGAGGCGUUCAUGUACAUAUCUAGUUACACACUACAUAUGUCCACUUUGCAUCACACCUUUCACUUGCAGGUGAAGACGAGAACGAGGAAACAAAACCAUGACGGAGAUAUUCCACGUCGGUUACGAAGUUUAGGGACUUUCGUAAAAUGUUAUUGUUGCACACAUUCACUCAUACUUGUACCUCCAGUUCAGGAUGAAGCAAAUGUGCAGUAUUAUAUCGUGUAAAUAGAUUAAACAGACUACUUUUCAGAUGGAUGAUAUACUCAGUAUACUGUAGUUAAGUGUUAUUAGAGAGUAAUAAGACAAAGUUAUAAUGCAGAGAAUUAUAGAGCUUUGAUAUUUAAUUUCAUACAUUUGGCUAUGGGCUUAGCAAAUCAGGUAUACUGUGAGCUUGUAGGUUUAGGCAGCGAGUUUCCUGCGUCGAAACAUAAAUGUUGUCACUUCACGAUAAACUCUUGCAAAUAAUUGCACCAAAAUACCUUUACAGUACUUUCAUAAUACUUAAGCAAACCUCACGGGACAAUAAACUUUCAACAUUCUGUGUUUGAGGCUUGAAUAGGGCAGGAAAAUCUCACAGGGUAAAGCCUUUUAAAAAGGUAAAGUUGGAGACUUUACUUUUUCACUUUUUCACUCGGUGUUACGACACAUAAUGGUUCACACGUGUUAACUGUAAACUAGGAGGUUUGUGCCUUUUUUCAAGGGUUUUGUAGCAGAGAGGAAUUUCUACAUUUUCAGUCUUUUGGAAAUACUACCUACGAACAUCGUCAGAUUCUUUAUGUUGAUAUUCAAUGAUGAAUAUCGACGACUGUCUCUUAUGCCAACAGUGCCAGUAGCUGUACAUUGAAACUUUAACUUUUGUUUACUCUGUAUUUGGACUGCAUUUUUAUCAGGGAAUAAUGUGACGCAUGCAUCAGUACUACUCCCCCUGGUGGUGAUGUGGAAGCACAACAUUUCUCACAAAGGAAAGUCAGUUUUUUAUUUUCCAUCCAGCACGCCAUAGAUUAGUUUUUUUGUUUUUUUUAAAUCUAUAAGUUACAUCAUGUAGCAUGUUUGUAUGUAUUUGUUUGGUACAAUGUGUGUGUGUUUUUUUUUUUUUAAUUGUCUGGUAAUCUUUUAUAGUAUUAUUAAUGGGAUUAUAGGUCUUAUUCGUCCACUACAGGAGCCAGAAACAUUGUUGAUGUCAUUAGUUUUCUUUUUAUACUUGCAACAUGAUGCAUUAAAACGUCCAGAUAGAGCGUAAAGUUAGGUGUAGUUAGCCUAGUAGGACACAAACGACAAACAUUUGUAAAAAA